AUGCUCAUUGCACCAUUACCACCGACCUUCGAACAGAAUCUCCUUGGAGUCAGUGGGAUAGACACCAUCGACCCGAAGAACAUCGAGGCGGUUCUAUCGACUCAAUUUACAGGUAACAGUAUCAAAUCCAAUUGUAAUGCACAAGCUGAUAUGAUUCGGGAAGAUUUUAGCAUGGGUGAUAGGCCAGCAGUGUGGAAACCGUUCAUAGGACCAGGGAUAUUUACACAGGACGGUGACGAUUGGAAGCAUUCUCGAGAUCUUCUUCGGCCUCUAUUCAUGUCAAAGCGUGUUGACAACUUCCUUGAGGUUCAAGAAUCAACAGAGACCCUCAUUAAGUGCAUUCCCGAUGGGGAAAUUGUUAAUUUCCAGCCUCUGAUGUUCAGCUUCACACUUGACACCACAACCUAUCUUCUCUUCGGCAGAGCAAUCAGAUCUUUGGUGGACGAGAAUAAGGAGGCGAAAGCCUUUGGCGAGGCAUUUCGCAUCUCCCAGGAGUAUCUCUCACACCGCGGUCGGCUCGGUGCUCUCCAUUGGUUGUUGAAUCCCAAAGGGUUUCGAGACUCGAACACGGUAGUGCACAAGUGGAUCGACAGAGAGAUUAGAGAAGCUCUCCAGAGAUACAAGUCAGGCUCGAACGAUGCAGAGGACCGUAAACCAACCGACUAUGGCUUUCUUGGAAGUUUGGUGAACGAGACUCAAGAUCCGAAAGUUUUGAGAGACGCUAUGCUGAAUGUUCUUCUCGCCGGGAGAGAUACGACAGGGUGCCUACUGACCUGGACUUUGCGCUUACUGGUCAUGCAUGAACAAGUGAUGAGCAAGUUGAGGGACGAGGUUCGAUCAACUGUGGGUGUUGGCAUCAACGCAAGGAGACCAGACAGAAACGAUAUCAAGAAGAUGCAAUAUCUCUCAUAUAUCCUCAAAGAAGUUCUCCGUCUUUAUCCAUCUGUGCCCAUCAACUCUCGCGCAGCUGUGAAAACGACAACCCUACCGACUGGAGGUGGUCCAGACGGCACCGCGCCAAUAUUCGUGAAAGAAGGGACUGCAGUUGGUUAUGCCGUUUAUGCCAUGCAUCGGCGGAAAGAAUUGUAUGGAAACGAUGCCGAGCUCUUUCGCCCUGAGCGGUGGGACCCCCGGGAAGAUGACAACAGCAUUGACCUGAAGAACAUUGGGUGGGGAUAUCUGCCAUUUAAUGGAGGGCCACGUGUGUGUAUCGGACGUAAGUUCAUGCUUGGUAUUCCCAUUCCCUGA